AUGGAACUAGCUAGGAUAAUCCUACUGCUAGCCUUUACUUCCUUUGCCUUCUCUUGUACUUGUGUUCAAGGGAGGCAUCACCAUAAGAAACACCACUCAAAGAACAGCAUUGCAUUGCCUCCAAUGGCAGAUCCUCCCUCUGAACCUCCUGAGCCUAUGAACUCGACCAGUGUUCCUCCUGCUCCCUCUCCUCAGCCCAAUGCCCCAGGCUCUGGUAUGAAUUCCACCAACUCCACUAGUCCUCCUCCUCUUCAUAUUCCCAUCGGUGGGGGCUCCUCUGGGAACUCCACCAAUUCAACCAAUGUUCCUGUACCUUUCCCUCCUGCUCCUGCGCCCACUGAUGCAGGGACUAAUGGAAAUUCCUCAAACUCCACCACUAUUUUCGACGUGCGAUCAUUUGGAGCAGUGGGUGAUGGAGUCUCUGAUGACACUGAAGCAUUCAAGAGUGCAUGGGUCUCUGCAUGUCAAGGUGGGACUGGAGUCCUCCUUGUUCCACAAGGCUACUCUUUCAAGAUUCGGUCAGCUAUCUUCACUGGCCCCUGUCAGAGUGGAAUAGUAUUCCAGGUUGAUGGGAUUGUUAUGCCCCCCGACGGUCCCGACUCAUGGCCGCAGAACAACAACAGGAGGCAAUGGCUCGUGUUUUACAGAGCUGAUGGGAUGACGCUGCAAGGAGGAGGGCUGAUCGAUGGCAAAGGAGAGAAGUGGUGGGAUCUUCCUUGCAAACCUCACAAGGGAAACAAUGGGGCGACGUCGCCGGGACCAUGUGAUAGUCCUGUUGCAUUGAGGUUCUUCAUGAGCUCAAAUCUAACAGUUCGUGGGCUGAAAAUUCAGAACAGCCCUCAGUUCCACGUCCGGUUCGACAACUGCAAGAAUGUGACUAUUGAUUCAAUUGUUAUAACCUCACCUGCUCUGAGCCCCAACACUGAUGGCAUACAUGUAGAGAACACUGAGACAGUGGGAAUUUACAAUUCGGUCAUCUCCAAUGGUGAUGAUUGCAUAUCCAUUGGAUCCGGUAGCAUAAACAUCGACAUACAAAAUGUAACAUGUGGUCCAAGCCAUGGUAUCAGCAUUGGGAGUCUAGGAAAACAGAGCUCCCGUGCUUGUGUGACAAAUAUAACAGUAAGGAAUGCAGUCAUAAAGCACUCAGAUAAUGGAGUGAGGAUCAAGACAUGGCAAGGUGGGUCGGGGUCGGUAUCAUCGGUCGCCUUUGAGAACAUACGCAUGGAUACAGUGAGGAACCCGAUCAUCAUCGAUCAGUUCUACUGCCUCAGUAAACCAUGUGCAAAUCAGACAUCCGCAGUCUACAUUUCAGAUAUCUCCUACACCAACAUCCAGGGCACCUACGAUGUCAGGAGCCCACCCAUUCAUUUUGGGUGCAGUGACUCGGUUCCAUGUACCAACAUCACAAUAACAGAGGUGGAACUUCUUCCCUCACAAGGUUACAUCGUCUCGGAACCUUUCUGUUGGAAUGUGUAUGGUGUCUCAGAGACACUAACGAUUCCUCCAGUCUCAUGCUUGUUGGAGGGUCUACCUCGAUCGAUCAUGGAUAUAGAGGCUGCUAAAUGCUUCUAAAGAAGUUGAAGAGCAGAUAUCACUGCAUGUAUGUUAAAGGAUAUAGGUCUGUAUAUCUAAGCAAAAGAUCUAGAGGGGUGAAAGGAAAGGAAAAAUGUAAUGUAUAGCCCCUGGAUAACCAAUGUAACAGUACACUUGGAACAAGAAUAUAUGUUUUGAGCUAAUCACUGAAGUAUA